UAUUCGAAAUUAGUUGGUUGUUUCUGUGACUUACAAAAUUUAUCUUUGUGAAUUUUGAUGAUGCAGAUCAUAGUUGUGUGAAGAAAAGAGAAAUGGUGGGUAGAAAAAAGAAACCCAAAAUAUGGGUCAAAGUGUCACAUGAGGAAGAUAAGAUAAGCCAGUUACCUGAACACUUGAUAUCUGAAAUACUUUAUCAUCUUUCUACUAAGGAUGCUGUAAGAACAAGCCUUUUGUCUACCAAAUGGAGAUAUCUUUGGCAAUCGGUUCCUGGAUUGGACUUAGUCUCCUACAAAUUCUCAAGUUUUGAUGCCUUUGUGAGUUUCGUGGAAAGUUAUUUUGGUUUCCACAGGGAGUCAUGGAUACGCAAACUCCGGUUACGUUUUGAUUAUAGUCAGGGUAUGCGUGAUAUCUCGUCAUGGAUUGAUGCUGUGAGUACACGUAGGAUUCAGCAUCUUGAUGUUAACUAUCGUGGGUAUGAUAAGACACCCCUGAGCAUAUAUACCUGCGAGACAUUGGUACACUUACGACUCUGUGGGGCUGACUUGCCCAAUGCCGAGUUUGUUUCCUUACCUUGUCUGAAGAUCAUGCAUUUAGAAGAUAUCAUAUGUUCCGAAGGGACCACGUUGGAGAAACUUAUCUCAGGCUCUCCAGUUCUUGAAGAUUUAACCAUCAUCAGAUCUUCCUAUACAUAUUAUGAUCGUAAGGCAAUACAAGUUCGCUCUCAUACGCUAAAGAGAAUCGAUAUAAAUGAGGGCAUCCACGUUGUGAUUGAUGCACCUUUACUCCAGUGUCUGAGGACUGAUAUGUACUCAAUAAAGAACUUUCGGAUCAUCACUUUGGGUUUCCCUUCCAAACUAGAUAUUGAUAUGCAAUUAAUGCACCUCUACCUCAGACCCAAUGAAAGCGUGAUUCGGGAUAUCCUCACCGAUAUUUCGAGGGUCAGGGAUCUAGUUAUUAGUAGGAAUACUUGGAAGGAAAUCUUUCUAUACUCACAAUCGAGACCAGUGCUUCAGUUUCGUAACCUAUCCCGCUUGAAUGUUAGAUUUGAUAUAUUUGAUCUUGAAAUGCUGCCAACCCUUCUUGAGAGCUGCACAAAACUAGAAUCUCUUGUAUUGGAAUUGUUCAAGGACCAAUCCAUGCGUCGUCAUGAGGAGAAGAGAGAAAUGAAUGUGAUGUUUUCAGCAGUGCCUCGGUGUUUGGUAUCAUCACUCAAGUUUGUCGAAUUGAAACGUUCAAUCCCGAGGUAUGAAGGAGAAAUUGAGCUAAUAAGAUACUUGCUGAAGAAUUCAAGAAUGCUGCAGAAAUUAAGUCUCAAUGUUUACUACAAGAAGAAGGCAAAGCGUGACUUCCUUAUCGAACUCGAUGCAAUGCCAAAAUGCUCUAGCGCUUGUGAAGUCCUUGUUCUUUAAUUACUCAAAAGAUUUUGCUCAACAUUUCGUUUAAGGUUAAUCUUUUGGUCGUAGUAUCAUCGCUUUCGAGUUUAUAUUUUUGUUCUUUUUAGGAUUCUGAACACAAAUGAGUAUUUU